AUGGAAAAUUCAACAACUUACACAGAGCAAUUGGUACCAACAGUAGCACUAGAACUUAGCACAGACUCCACAAAUGAACUGCCCUAUGACAUAUUAAGCAAUAUUAGCACACUACCUGUAAUAAUCGGUAUUGUCAUUCUGUUUUUUUGCGGCUCAGUGCUACUAUACCUGGUAGUACACUAUAUCAGGAACAAAUGGUGCACAAAUACUUCUCUUGUGUCGCAUAGAGCUGUCGAAUUUUUAACUUCUGAUGCAGAGCACAGAUUCGUAGAAAGUCGAGUCGUAAUAGGUCUAACGCCGUACAAUGAAGCAUCUAUCAGAAAUACGACAGGAAGACAAAAUUAUGGGAAUUCCGCAUCUUGUUCCAUCUCUGAUGAGGGGAUCGUGUUGGAGAACGAAUAUUCUUAUUCAUCAGGUCCAAGGGAUGCAAAUAUGCCAAUUUACAUCUUUGAACCUCCACUGUUAUGCUACCCAACUAUUACUCUUCCAAGUUAUGAGCAGUCAACAACCUCACCAUUACCACCGUAUUCAGAGAAAUAA